AUCGGCGCGUGAUCUUAAGUUAUCCCUCAAGCUUAACCAACAUCAUCCAUCGGGCUUCACUAGUACUUUCGACCGAGGCUCAGACGUUAUGUCCUUUUCUUUUCUUGCUCGGUGCUGUGAAACAGCAAGAAGUCCAUUCUCUUUACUUGGUUCCGUGCGGACUGCCACCAAACGUGCUGGAGGAACAGUUCGAAACCAUGGAGGAUCGCCGGGUAAGCGUCUGGGUCUCAAGAAGUUUUCUGACCAGCAUGUCAUUCCCGGCAACAUCAUAGUACGACAACGGGGAACGCAAUUCCACCCAGGGCAGAAUAAUAGGGUCGCGACCAUACUAUAUAUGCCACCACACCCUGGCUUCGUACGAUUCUACAAACAAAAGUGGCUACGAGGAGACCGGAAGUUUAUUGGUGUACUAGGUCGCAGUCGAUUCUUUGGCCUCGUCGACUUGAAUGCUUUCGCUAAGAGCGGCCCAUCAUCACAAACUAGUGCAUGAGUGGGUUUUGAUUCGCCCACGGUUUCAGGGUGUUGGCUACACAACUGUCGUCGCAUUUCUAGGCCCGUUGCACUCAGCAUAGUACUGGGCAGUGCGCACUUUUUUGCCAUAAUAUUUUUAGCGCAUCUUUUAUAUAUAGAUGAUAAAUCUCAUAUGCAUUGCUAUUGCUGCGUCU